AUGCCUUCUUCCAGCUCCAAGUCGAAGCCCAAGCCGUCCGAGGUUGCCUCGGAAGCCAAGAGGAUUUACAUUCCCACAAUCAGAGAAAAGUACGCAUCGACAUGGACCACCUACUCGUACAUCUAUCACCAGCCGUUGUUGCAAAUCACCUUCGAUGAGCGUCCGCUUGACCUUUCCCCUCCUGUUUUCUAUGUCUCCAGCGGAGACCCGGUCAACACCGCAUUGGAGUGGGUGGACUCUGCACAGUGUGCUAUACCUUUCAUCUGUGCAGCGAACGACAAGCGCCCUGGAGGCGACUGGGAGACGGGCGUGGUAGGGUACGAGGAGCGCUUAUGCCGGCGGAGCACUCUCGCGGCAUGCCUAGGAACGCCAGCGGAUGGUUCUCCCGCCAACAGCCACUACCCCCCUCCCGAUAUGCGCCGGAGUUUUGUCGCAGCAUUCGUGUUCCGUGGGCCCCAUGACAAAUAUGAGAAGCUGCCGACUGACCAGUGGCGGGCACUGCCUGUUGUGUCGGUGCCUCCGCCACGCUGGCCCAAGCUGACCCAGAACGGCACCAAAUACUCGUUCGACGAUGAGCGCGAGAUGGUCAAGGAGAAGAUGCGUGGCGCACUCCGCAUCUGCGCCUACAACAACUACAGCACUGUGGUGAUAGGAGACUUUGGCCUCGGGAACGGUUACCGAAAUCCGCCGCAGGAGCUUGCCGAGCUGUGGCGGGAAGUUUGCCUCUACGAUCCCGACCUCCGUGGCCGGAUCCGCUGCGUGGCAUUCGUUUUCGAGGACCCCAACCAGAGCACCACACAGUUGAUCUUGGACGAUAUCGCGAAGAAGGCCAAGGGUGGCAGCAGUUCGGCAAGCCGAUCCAAGACAAAGGGCGGUUCGGGCUCGAGCUCGAACUCACCGCCCGGCACCUCGCCCGCCGACGUCGACAUUUUCUCUCACGUGUUCGACAGCGCGGAAAUCCAGAGAUUCCUUGCCCAGCCAGAUGCGAGAUACGGCUUGAGCAACCUCCUUGCUUGA